AUGGAUUAAGAAUAAAAGUAUCACUUUCAUAUUCCUUUUGUUAAUAUUUAAUAAGAGAAAAAGGAGGAUAUAAAGCUUACAAUUAUAGGUUUGAUUGAUGUUUCAGCUUCAAUGUAUACCAGAUGGGAAUGGGUAGCUAAUUUUUGGAAUAAAUCAAUACCAAAAGAUAAUUUAAUUACAUUGACUUUUGAUCAUAGAGCAAAAAAGGUUUAUAAUAACAUUCUAUCUUAAAAUAUUGAGGAUCAUGGUGAAGGAACUACAGAAAUAGUUCCUGCAUUUGAACUUUUAGAGAAAGAAAUAGUAAUGGUUCCCUAAACUCAUAAUAUUACUGUAAUAUUCAUUAGUGAUGGUUAAGACAAUAAUGUAAAAACUAUAGAAUAAAGAAUGUAAUAAAAGUUAAAGGGAAAUGUUUAAAAAAGAAAUAUCAACUUUAUUUGUUUGGGAAUUGAAGAUGAAUUCCCUACAUUUUUAGCAAUGAAGUUAAGAUAGUUGUAUCAUAAAGGAGAUCCUUAAAUUCCUGCAUUAUAUCUAAUUGAACAUGCAUCUGAAUAAGCUUUUUAUAAUAAAUUUGAAAUAAUGAAAAGGUAUUUUUAUUCUACAAAAAUGAUACGUGUGAAUAAUGUUGUAAAGUUAUUUCCAUACGAUGAAGAAGUUACAGAUGAAGUAUAUGAAGGACAAUGGGUUUAUGGAUAAAAACCUGACCUAAAGUUUAUUGAUUACCCUAAUAUUUAGAUUAUUCCAAUUGAAUAAAAUAAUCUUGAAAUUGAUGAUGUUGUUGAUCUCUUUAGAUCAUGGGUUCAAAAUAUAUAAAUUAGAAUUAUGGGAAAAAAUGAAGAUAGUAGAGAAAAAGCUAAGAAAUGCUUAUAAAUUGUUAAUUUAAUUACAGAUAGAUUAACAGAAUACUUUUAGAUGGAUGUAUUGAAUUUCAAAAUGGAAGAAAUUAAUGAUCCUAAUUAACCUUUUAAAAUUAGAGCAAAAAGAAAUUAUGCAUAUAAAUAUGGAAAUAAAUUAUUAUUUUUUGUGAAAGAAUUAACAUAAUUAUCAGAAGGAUCUAAUCCAAAUGAAGUAGAUGAUUUUGAAGCAGCAAAAAGAUUGAAUAUUGGUACUAUUGUUGGAAAGCAUCAUUAAAAGGCUUUGGCAUUGAAAGGUAUUACAGUAUAAGAAUUUAAAUAAAUAAAAAUAGAAUUUUAAUAAAUCAUUUAAAAUUGUAAAAUUAAUCCUUUGAAUGAAUAAGGUCAAGAAAGAUCAGUAAUAUCAUUAGAAAAUUUUAGAGAUAUUCUCUCAUAAAAAUAAGAUAUUUUAGAAGGAUUAUAAUUCAUAAAAACUUAAUAUGAUUUUGCUGAAACAUUUCCUUUAAUUGGUCAUGGAUUGAAAGUUAAGAGAAAUGAUGGAUCUUUUGUUAACCCAUGGUUAAUUUAAGUUUAAUCUUUUGCAAAACAUAAUAAAGUUAUAGAUUCUGCCUAUUUAAUCAAAAAUAAUUUCAAUAUCUAAUUGUAAAUUGGUGAUAAUUAAACUGAAGAGAUCAAUUGUAUUUUACCAUUAUUUCCAUAAUCUGAUAAUGAUCUAUAAGCUGUUCUUAGAUCAAGAAUAAUCAAAUUGUUAUUAACAUUUAUGGUAUAGUAAAAUGUAGAUACUCUUUAUGAAGAAACUUAUUUGGCAUUGUUAUCAAAUUCAUUAAUAAAUGUAUUGAAAAAGUAAAAAUCAUAAUGGUAGACUGAAAUAAUUGAAUAAAUCUUUGAAACUACAAAGCUAGUAUAUGCAGGAACAUAAAGUUUUGAAAAAUAUUUAUAAAAGCUUAUGAAUAAUCCCAAUUAAGCUUAUUUAGAAAAAGAAGCAGAAUAUGAAGAUUAUGUAUCAACAGCAAAACCCUUCAUUCAUUUGUUUUAUUUAGCUAAAUUAGGUAAUGUUGUGAAAGAUUUUGAAUUAGAAAUAGAAAGAUUAAUUAUUUAUUAUUUUAUUAGAGAAUAAUACAAACAUUAAUAAUAAUUAUCUUAUUAUCUUAAAUUAAAAUUAGAAAAAUAAGAUGAAAAUUUUGUUUAAGAAUAAUUGAAGACAACUUUUGAAAAACAUGUUAGCAUCAAAAAUUUUAGGAAUGCAAUUACAAAAGAAAUUGAAGAAACAAUAUUAGAUAAAUAUCAAAAGGAUUCUACUAUGAUUGGUUUAAAUGAGGACAAAGUUUUCAAUUAAGAUUUGAAGUUAACUUUAAGUGCUAUUGAAGCCUUUUAUGAAUAAUUUAAAGGUGUUAAAUUUGAUCAAUAAAGAUAUGUUCAUAUCAUUUAUCAUACACUUAGAUUGUAAGAGAACUAGGUUUUCUUAAAAAAAGUUGAUUAUAAUAACUUAAAAGAAAUUUCAAAGGCUUUAAUUUUAGAAAACAAAGUAAAUUUAACUAAAGGAACAUCAGGGAUCAAACAUGCUUUAGAAAAAGAAUAUUAAGUUUGGUUUAUAAAAAAUCAUAUGAUGGUUCAACCAUUAACAUAUGAGUAAUUACAAAUUGAAUGUUAAUAAAAAGGAAUAAAUGUAAAUACUAUAGCUUAUAAUGUAAAAUCUGGAUUAAGUAGUAAUUGCUGUAUGGCAAAGUAAUGUCCUUUUUAUUUAAUUGUUAAUGGUUUAGAUUAUAAAAGACAUGUUUAAACAUGGGGGAAGAAGGUUCCUUAAGGUUUUCAUUAAUAUGUAAGAGAAGAGAUUUUGAAAGGAUAAAGUAUUUAAUAAAUUAUUUAAUCCUCAAGUCAAAAAUGGAAGAAAUUUCCUCAACUUUACUUAGGUAAUGAAGAAGUAGUUCAUUAAUACAUUAAAUUGAUUUCAGAGUCUUUACCCAAAGAAUACUAAAUAUAAGAAUUACCUAAAAAAUAAUUAUUGCAUAAUUAAGUUAAAUUAACAUUCCCAAAAAAAUAGAAGGUUAAGAAAUAUGGAAACAAAAGAGGAUAAAAUAGAUAAAAUUAUAGAGGUAAUGUUAGAGGUCGUGGAAGAGGAAGAGGCAGAGGUAGAGGUAGAGGAAAUUGA